ACAAACCUGCAAGUGUUCCUCCCCAAAGUUUGGUCUUUGUGUUGAGCUGACUUCUUAAAAUACUAUCCGAUAUUCAGACUCGUGCGACAGUUGCAGUAACUUACUUCAGACAUUCAUUAGAAACAACAUGGACUGUUGCUGUUCGUGUUGACAGGAGUGUCACUCGUCCUCAGGAUCAAUGGCGUCUGUAACAGAGUGGUUCACAACAUCUUGUUGCAACAGCAUGUUGUCUGCCACAGCAUUGUACUCUUCUUACAGGCUCUUUAAGGAUCACAGGGCUCCUUCAGUAGGCCUCUUCCUGCUUGGACUCUCUGCAGUCCUUUGCAUCGUGCUUCCCUCCAGCUCGUACCUCGCCUCCAUCCAGAGAGACGCAGAGUGGGUCGGCGAGGUUUUGGCUCCAGCGCUCUUCGCCUUUGACUUCCUCUGGCUCAGUGAAGACCACAACACGGCACACAUUCUCCUUUGUGGUUCCUGUCUGCUGCUGGGGUUGAGUGACUGGCUCUCAGCAGAUGCGCUCACGCUCAUGACCCGCUGCCUGGGUUUGUCUUCCCUGUCCUGCUGCUUGACGGUGUGUCUGUUUGCCGGGAAUGCUUUAGGGGCCUUUGGCAGUGUGGCCCUCAGCCUCCCGUUGCUUGUGGCUCAGAGAGUUGGAACAAAUACUUUUGCUCCACUCAUUUCUCCAGCUGCAACUGAUGGUCUCACCAAGUGUUUGUUAAAGGGCUCCAUGUCUGUUGGCUGUUGGGCCUCCACACAGGCCGUCAGCAAGUUUCUGUUGGAUGUGACUGACCGAUGUAACUUAGGCAUUUCGUAAACCUGUAGAGAUGUUUGGUGGGAGACACGGUGACAAAAUGGACCUUUGCAAAAAGGAAUAUGCCUAACUUAAAAGCAUUUCAGGAUAUUUGUGAGGAAGAUUUUAGUUGUAUUUCUUUUAUUUACAUUGUCAUGAGAACACAUAUUAUGAAUUUGCCUUGAUGAGCUCAGAGUGCAAAUUGUUAGACAAGCUUUUCGAAGAUUUCAACUUUGGCUUUUGGAAAUUACAGAUUUUUCAAUUUGUAUAGACAACUUGAUUAAUUGGUAAAUCAAAACAAUACAGAGUAAUCCAAAAUGAAGAAGAAAUGUUAGUUGCUGUAUGAGUUCCUGAAUUUGAGUCCACACGCACUUCAGAAUAUCCUGAUUUUACAUAUGGGUGUUUACUAUAUGGAAAAAACGAAUAUGAUGAUGACUGUUUUUCACACAUUGAAGUUCCACAUUGGAUGUUUUACUGUAUCUAAAAGCACACACAGAUAACACUUUACAACUUAUUUGCAUGAGGAAAUGUGACAACACUUUACAACUAGUAACAUACUGCAUCACUGGGAUGCAGCAAUACUCUUUAGACAUCUGGUGUGCCCUGAUAAUAUGUAUUAUGCAUUUCAAUUUCAAAAUGUAUGCAUUUCAAUUUGUUAUGUGAUUAUUUCCAAGAAUGUCAAGCAGCCUCUACUCACUUGUAAGCUAUUCACACCCUCUACAUGUCUCUCUCGCAGUUUUAGUGUUGUAGAUUAAAAAAACAUCCAGCUGCCUAUUUGUUCUGCAGCCUCAGCGCUAUCGCUGUUUGAAUAUCUGCAGUGGUCUAAACUCCUCGGCGUUUACCUCAUCCUCAUUUGAUACUUCUUCAGGCAAUUAUCUUCGUCCACAGUGUUGUCCUUGCAAGAUAUUAAUAUGCUUUCCAGAUAUUUGUAGGGGACACUGCAGAUUCCCUCUCAGGAUUUCAGAGUUGUGAUGAGCUGCCUCAGCAGUUUUACUGCAGUAUAACACACACACACACACACACACACACACACACACAUAGAUCUGUGGCUGUGUUCCUGUCUGGGACAGUGCUUUCUUCAGUACACAGAGAACCAGGGACACGUCAUCAUGUUGUACUCCUUGUGAAUUUAGAGUUUCAAGAAUUAUAAUGCUAAUCGUGCUGCAUGUGCUUUUUCAUCGAGUUCAUGUCUUUUAUUUGGCAAUGCGGAAGUAUUUCAAAGUUUAGAAAUGUCUCAUGUAAUUAUAUUUAUUCUCAUUUAAUUGCUUUUGGUUGAUACAAAUUAAAUUAUAAUAAAAAAACACUCCAGUAUUGUCAUUUUACAUUGAAAUAAAGUUAAUGUGUCCGAUUGUUGGACACACAUGGACAUAUGACUCACUAUUUCCACGUGCCGUAUGCUGUAGUUUGAUUUUCAUGAGCACCUGGAACCUGGCACGUCUCAUCCCCCUCUUUCACCAAUCUGUCACUCCUCCACUGCAGUGGUUCAGGAAACUGCACUGAGCAUGCUCGCUGCCUGUCGAUGGAGCAGGGAGAGGAGGAGAAAGAGGAGAGAAAACAGCACAGAGGGAGGCGCACACACAUGCUGUUGCAGAGAACAAGGGCUGCAUGGGAAGAUUUGUCAUUGGCAACACAGAUGGAGCGUGAAGGGGGAAUACAAAUGAAAUGGAUGUCAGAUUGUCGUCAUCAAAGAGGAAAAGAUAUGUGAUAAGGGGGACUUGGACGGUGUAGAGAUGUACGCCUUCUACUCCCUCCUAGUCUACAUCUUCUACACUGUCUUUAAAAAGGAGGAGGAGGAUGAGGCUUUGGAGGGGGCGCGGGGAUCUUCCUCAGACGAGCCAAGACCUGUUUCCAUGGAAACAGGGAGCAGGAGGAAAAAUGGCCACACCCCCAAAAUGGGGAAAAAGGCUGGUGUUCAUCUUGGUGAAUCCAGCAGUAGCAGUGACAGCGAUGAAAUGUCUCUGAGUGAUGAAGCUGAAGAAGAAGGCCCAGACAUCCCAGCAUGCACUCCUCUGGCUGCUUUUCUGUCCUUUAAGCAAGAGGCUGAGAAGAGGAGGGCAUCACAGGUCCAGAUGGAAACCACAGGAAAGCUGACAGAGUCUCCCCUGUUAGCGGUGAUGUCCCACUUGCUGACUUUUCUGGAGCAGUACUCCCACUUCCAGCAGCUGCAGCAGCAGGCCGACCAGUACCGGGUCCAGCUGAAGAGGCACCGCGUCCAGCACCGCCGCCAGAUGAAGGCCCUGCGAGCGUCAUACCGCCAGCGCCUCAGGGACAAGAGCAGCAUCAUCAGCAGCCUGGAGGAGGCCAUCAGCCAGCAACAGACACCCAGUCCGCUGAGCGAGGGCGAGUCCAGCAGUGAUGCAGGGACACAAGCUGGUGUUCACAGGCUGGUUGAGUCUCUGUCCGGUCUGCAGGGGGAAAGGAGUCAGCUGAGAGGAGAACUCCGUCUGCUGCACUCACAGCUGGAGCAGAAGGAAAAGGACAGACACUAUCGUAUACAGGCCUUUGAACAGCAGAUUGAUGAGCUCAAGAGUUGCAUCGAGGAGCGCGAGGAGGAGCUUUCAAGACUGAGAACAGCCAGUGGGGCAACAGACUCAGAGAAGCGGGUUCUGUGUCUCUCAGCAGAGAACGAGAGUCUGAAGCAGAACCUGAGCGUAACCCAAGGCCUCCUGCAGCAGCUGUCAACCAUCCCCUCCCAGUCCAGCACCAUGCUCAUCAAGGAGAAUGAAAACCUCCGCAGCAGAGUGCAGCAUCUGGAGAUGUCCCUACAGCAGCGAGCUGAGCAGCUGUCACAACUGGAGCGACAGAGCGAACAAAGCGAGUGGAGGAGAGGAGAGGAGCUGAGGAAACGAGAGGACCGUGUGAGGGAGCUGCAGCUGGAGUUGGACAGAGAGAGAGGCAAGGAGCCAGUGGUGAAGUAUGUCACCCAGACUGUGGAGGUGGAAUCACCGGCCACAUUAAAGCAGCUGACCAAAGCCAGACAGAGGAAUGAGCUGCUGUCCGAUAAACUGUCCAAUCAGAAUGAGCGGUGCAAACAGCUUGAGGAACAUAUCAGGAAGUCCGAUGAAUACAGCUGUAAUCUGCAGCACAAGAUUGCAACGUAUGAGCGAGAAAUCAGUAAACUGAGAGAGGAGCUGUUGAAAGAGAUUGGCCACUUGGAGGAGAGGAAGGAGGAGGCCGUGAAGGCUGCAGCCACCUGCUCAGCCGAGCACUUUCAGAACUUGCAGGACAAGUUUUUCAGCUUGCAGACGCGUCUGACUGCACUACCUCCAACUUUACGCUCCAUGAAAACAGACUACACCAGUCUGAAGAGCCAGGUUCGAAACUUCUCAGACUUUUACGGAGCAGCUAUCAGUGAAGCAAAAAAACAGAUUUCAGCAGCUCUUAGUGAGAUGUCUGAUGCCAACAAAGAUCUCCUGGAUAAAUAUAGGAAGGAGGUUGCACUGCGCAGGAAGUACCACGAGCAGCUGGUGGAGCUUAAGGGCAACAUCCGCGUGCUGUGUCGCGUGAAGCCUGUGCUGAAGGAGGACCAGCAUGAGGAGGGCCAGUCUGUGGUGGUGACGACGGACCCCAACAAUGAAUCCUCACUCAAUGUGCUGAACAAAGGGAAGAGUCGCCUUUUUGAACUGGACAAGGUCUUCCACCCGCAGGCCACGCAGGAAGAGGUCUUCCAGGAGAUUGAGCCUCUUGUGACGUCCUGCAUCGACGGCUACCAAGUCUGCAUAUUUGCCUAUGGACAAACUGGAUCUGGAAAAACUCACACAAUGGAGGGCAGCGUAGAGAACCCAGGAAUCAACCAGCGAGCCCUGAAACAUCUCUUCAGUGAGAUUGAGGAGAGGAAGGACAUGUGGUCUUACACGGUCACCGUCAACUCUGUGGAGAUCUACAACGAGGUGCUAAGAGACCUGCUGAGUAAGGAUGGAGAUAAACUGGACAUUAAGAUCAACCCGGAUGGAACAGGGCAGCUGCAUGUGCCAGGCCUCCGGGUCAUCGAGGUUAAGAGCUUUCAGCACAUCAAGAAGAUUUUGGCAACAGCCCGAAAGAACAGGAUCACUUUCGGCACUCAGAUGAACCAGCAUAGCUCCCGCUCCCAUGCUCUGCUCUGCAUCACUGUUCAGGGAACUGACCUCGCCACCGGCUCAAAAACCACCGGCAAGUUGAACCUGGUGGACCUGGCUGGCUCGGAGAGGGUCUGGAAGUCUGGUGCAGAGGGAGAGAGGCUGAAAGAGGCCCAGAAUAUCAACCGCUCCCUUCUGUCACUGGGGGACGUUAUACAGGCGCUGAGAGCUCGCCACAAUCAUAUCCCUUUCAGGAACUCCCGCCUUACGUACUUAUUACAAGACUCACUGGGCAAAGGCAGCAAGACUGUCAUGGUGGUGCAGGUUUCUGCUCUGGAGAGUAACGUGGGAGAGACAUUGUGCUCACUGAAGUUUGCCCAGAGGGUGUGUAAGGUGGAACUCGGUCCUGCAGCCAGGAAGAUUGAAUCUGGUGGAGGGCAAUGCGACUGAUAGCCUCAAAUCAGCCGCUUCCUGUUCCCAGUGAUGACCAAGCAAUCAUAACGCUGCAGCAUCAACAACAAUCCUGCUCAAGGGCUAAAUCUAUGGAGGGCUGCGUGUCAUUCGAAUGCCAACCUCUUGCGGUUCGGUAUUGAGGCCUCCUCGCUGCCAUUUUCUGCUUCCGACAAGUGGAAACCUUUUAUCAUCUGCAUGCAGGAAUAUUUAUUCUUCCACUAUAAAUGUGCCAAAACAACCUCUGACUCCCACACGGUCUAAGAUUUGACACUUCCUUGAACUAGAAUAUCUGUUUCCUUUGACUAAAUACCAAAAUCCAGGAUUCAUCUCAGCGGUUCUCGCUGAUCAUAAAAGUAUUUAGAGCAGCAUUAUGUUCAAACAGCUUGUACAAGCUUUCCAGAGCCACAUUAUCAACAACUUCCGUUUUUACACAAUUGAUCAUCUUGCUAUAAAUGUCUGUACUUUGUAAGCUUCAUCUCCAAUGUUGUAUAUUUUUUGAAGAUAGUAGUGCAAAGGAGAGAAUCUGUUUUCUAGUCAAAGUAUGGGCUAUUAAUCAUUUCAAUGACACUUAAAUCACAUAUUCGUGUAGUUCUUGUGAACUUUAAAAGAGCUGUGUUUGAAUGCUUUGAUCUCUUUAGACUCUUGGUCAUUUACCUUUUGAGGAUAGAGGAAAGCGUUUGAAGGAGCAGCUGGCCUUGUAUUAAGAGUGGUACUAUAAUGAACUGUGCAAUACCCUCCUUAUUGAGGGGACAGCUUGGGCCUACGUAGACCGACGAUGCACUUUAAUGGGAAAGAAUAGGAACAUUGCAGUUCAUGAGAUAUGUAGGUGCUUGCAAUAGAUCUCACUAUAGUGAAUGUCAUACCAAAAAUGUCUCGGCUGUUCAUCGUUCCUCUAUUUAUCACCCAUCAAAACUAACUUGAUUCAACUGUAGCCAGACAUUAAUGUUGCAGUAACUAUCAUGAGUGCAUAGGGGGCACUUGAUGUUUAGAGAGUGAAUUUUCAUAGUUUUCUGAAUAAAUAUGUAUUUAAAAAU